UAAAAAAAAUAGAAAAAAUCUAAAAAAUUCAAAAAAAAAUUGUGGUGAAAGAUGCUCAAGUGCGUGAUGUCCAUGCCAAGUUUCAGCUCAUUCGGAUAUCUGACGAGCUCUCAGCAAAAGAGACAAAAUCAGGUCCGAACAGUGCAAAACAAUAAACUUUUUCACAGGCCCAAAAUUUGUCUUUUUUGCUCAAAGCUCGUCAAAUGUUCAAACGCGCUGAAUUUUCGAGCGGACAUCACGAAAUCAAGCAUCUUUCACCACAAAAUAAAUUGAUUUUUUUGAAUUACUUUACUAUUUUUGGCGAACUUACUGUUCACUCCCGGGCUCAGAUGAGCCCGGGAGCCAAAACGCCCUGUCGGAGGAACCGUAUUGAAAGAGUAACUAUUUUUCCUUAACUGAGACCGGUCCGCUCCUUGUCCACCACCAAUUCUCAAGUGUGUCCAUGAUCAGUGGUGCCAUGUUUGGAAUGGCGAGAAGACCAAAGCACUUCUGCCAAACCUGACAAAACUUGCUUAGUCCGUCCACGAUCAGUUGAUACACUUUCUUUACAUCAGACGUUAGAAAACACUACUCCGUACACACAGAGAACACAUCCAAAUCUGUAACGAGAGUGAGGUAAAUUUAACAUAGGAAAUGAGUUGUUGAUACCUGAUAUUACCUUCUACAGUCAAUAAAGUCAUCCAUCUGCAAGCGUGCGUACUGAGCAAACUAAAACGUGAGAGGAAAUGUUCAGCUUCCUGUCAGUGAGCAAAUUUGAAAUGUUCAGCUUCCUUUCAGUCAGCAAAUUGUGCGGUCGAACAAUGGCUUAUAUUAAGCUAAUCGGUACCUUAAACUUUACGGCAGCUGUCAGAUACACUGAGAUGACUGAGAACUUACCAUUUUGACGGAAGGUCCAGCGGAAUUCCUCCUGGCCUUUUGACAAUUUGACAUUCGCCAACCACCCAAGGAAAGCAUGCCGUGCCACUAAGUCUAGGGCAUGAGAAUUUGUUUCCGUUCAGCGUAGACCAGCACUAAGUCUAAAAGCCACAUUAGGUGACGAGGCACCCAAAGACUUGCUGGAUGCCUGGAUCGUAUCAUGUUUAUAUACACCACAAUGGCACGCUGAUCAUGCAAGAAGCUAAUCAGAAAUAAAGCCAGGAUCAGCAAGAAGCUAAUCACAAAUAAAGCCAGGAUCAGCAAGAAGCUAAUCAGAAAUAAAGCCAGGAUCAGCAAGAAGCUAAUCACAAAUGAAGCCACUAUCUUUUGUUCUCCACCUUGCUUCGUUCCUUGCGCUCUUGCUCCACCAGCCUCAUCUGCUUGCAGCGCAGAGGCUCACAACCGGAUUGACACUCAGCCCCCCUGGCUACAUCACCUCCCCGUCAGGGGAAUUUGCCUUCGGCUUCCGGGCCCUCGACUCUGACCCCAGCCAGUUCCUCCUUGCUGUCUGGUUCAACUUCAACUUCACCCAGGCACCCGACCCUGCACAGGAGAAGGUGGUGUGGUAUGCCAAGAACCUGGGUUCAGGCUCGGCCGUAAUGGCCACGGAGUUGUCCGUGUUCAGCAUCGGUCCCCAGCUCUCCCUCACUGACAACACCGGUAGCAUAAUAUGGACGAACCCAUACCCUAGCCUACAAGCCGGCUCAAUUCUCGCGCUGCAAGACUCAGGCAACCUCCAGUUACUCGCCACCGGGGGAAUGCCCAUCACCUGGGAGAGCUUCCAGCACCCAACUGAGACACUCCUCCCAGGUCAAUCGUUGGGCUCUGGAAAGGCUCUUCUGUCCAGGCACUCCGACACGGUCUUCUUCCCCGGCCGCUACAGCCUGCAGGUGCAAGGCGAUGGUAACAUCGUCUUGUACCUCACAAACCUUGCCACCGGCAACCUGGAUUCGCACAACGCAUAUUGGAGCACUAACACCUACCAGCCGGACAACCAGGUCGGCAACAUGACUAUUUUUUUUUACUCAUCGGGCCAUCUGUACUAUCAGAGCAAUGACAGCACUGUGGUUGACCUGAUACCCCCGCAUCCAAAGUCUAGGUUUGCUUACCACCAGCACGCAUCACUCGAUCCAGAUGGCAUCUUCCGCAUGUACACCCGGCCGAAGAACGCCAUGGGAAGGAGAAACUUGUCGUGGGCAGUCACGGGACAGUUCCCAACCGAAUGUUGCAAGAUAAAUACCUCUAUGCAAGGUUUGUGUGGCCCCAACUCAUACUGUGUGUAUGGUCCUAACGACCGGCUCGAUUGUGAGUGCCCAAGCGGCUACUCCUAUGUCGAUUCUCAGCUCAGGUACAUGGGCUGCACACAGGGGUUCAUGUCGCAGAGUUGUGACGGGAAGAACCGCUCCGCCGAGUUUGGGGUUGUCAAGCUCCCGAACACCACUUGGGGAAACUCGCCAUAUGAAGGAUAUUCGCACACCACAGAGGACCAGUGUGCAGACUCUUGCCUAAAGGACUGCCUCUGCGCCGCUGCUAUGUAUGAUGACAGUUAUUGUGCCAAGAUGGUGUCAUUGGCAGGAUUUGGACGGCAAGGAGGAGACGUCGCCAUGAAGGCAUUGAUAAAGGUACGGACGAGUAAUCCCUUCGAGCUGGUGCCACCGAGAAGGAUAUUGCCUUAUGUAUUACUCGGUUGCUCGGGGUUCGUGUUGCUAUUCGCAAUAAGUAGUCUCAUGUUACAUUGGUACCUUAGGAAGCAGAACGCCAACCAUGACUUUGUGAGGGCUUACACUGCAAAAGAGCUUUACAGAGCCACCAAUGGCUUUUGUAAGUUGUUAGGCAGAGGUGGCUUUGGCGAGGUCUACCAUGGGGUGUUAAAGUCGCUACACUCUCCUGACAUAGCAGUGAAGAAGCUCAUCAGCUCCAAUGGUUACAGCGAGAGGGAGUUCGCGAAUGAGGUACAGUCCAUCGGCCAGAUCCACCACAGGAACCUAGUCCGCAUGGUUGGUUACUGCAAAGAGCAGGAGCAACGGAUGUUGGUGUUCGAGUUCAUGCCAGGUGGUUCCCUUCGGAGCUUCCUUUUCCAGCCUAAGCGACCAAUGUGGAGUUGGCGUGCCAAGGCAGCACUCGGUAUUGCCAAGGGCCUAGAGUACUUACACGAAGAAUGCAAUUAUCCAAUCAUUCAUUGUGACAUCAAGCCUGACAAUAUAUUGUUAGAUGACAAGAAAAAUCCGAAGAUUACUGAUUUUGGGAUUGCAAAGCUUCUUAGUGACCAGCAGAUGCACACCACGGUGACUAACAUCAGGGGCACAAGGGGCUAUAUUGCCCCCGAGUGGUUCCAAAGUGAUAGGCGCAUUGACACCAAGGUUGAUGUUUACAGCUUCGGCGUUGUGCUACUAGAGAUGAUAUGCUGCCGGAAGUGCCAGGAGCCGGUGACCGGGCUGGAUGGUGACGAUUCAGUCACACUGUUUUGGUGUGCUGGUCAGUUGGUCUGUCAUGGCAAGAUUAAGGUUUUGUUGCAUAAUGAUGACGACACCAUUGAGGAUUUGGUCAGAGUGGAGAGGUUCAUGCGUGUUGCACUCUGGUGCAUUGAGCAGAAUCCUUCGCUCCGUCCGACAAUGCACCAGGUGGUGCAGAUGCUGGAGGGCGUGGUUGAGGUCGACACUCUACCUGCUCCUAAAAGCUCCAACUGUUCAUCACCGUUGACCUCUUCGGUCGACGGGAGCACUCUGUUGCCAGGUGGUGCUAAUCUUGAGAUAGAGUGAUAUUCUGAUAGGCUGCAUCUU